AGAGAGAAAAAUAACUGCGCCUGCGCCCAUGGAUUAGUGAUGAUUUCGAGAUUAUAAAAUCAUAAGCUUCGUUCCCUCUUCCCUCCAUUCCCUCAUCACUUCUUUCUCAAACAACUCUCUCUCUCUCCAAUUCGUUCUCAAACAAUGGAGUCCGAAGCUUUCGUGUGGCUACAGACCUGGUUCUGCGUCUUCUUUUUCUCUUUCGCCUUCUGUUUCUCUGUCUUUUCUCUCUUGCUUUUCUUUUUGAGAGUUAAGCUAUGGUGCGACUGCGACGUUUGCCAUAAUUUUCUAACGUCGAGCUGGUCGAUCCAAUUCGACAAUCUCUGCGAUUGGUAUACACACCUUCUUAAAGAAUCGCCGAGUCAAACAAUCCACAUCCAUGUCCUCGGCAACACCAUCACCGCAAACCCAGACAACGUGGAGUACAUGUUGAAGACGAAUUUCGAUAAUUACCCAAAAGGAAAGCCCUUUUCCACUAUCCUCAGUGAUCUAUUGGGUCGAGGAAUCUUCAAUGUCGACGGCGAUUCAUGGAGGUUCCAGAGGAAAAUGGCGAGUCUUGAACUCGGAAGCCUCUCUAUACGAUCUUACGCUUCGGAGAUUAUCUCUACAGAGAUCCAACAUCGUCUUCUACCUCUUCUCUCAUCGGCCGUACAAAAGGGUAGAGUUUUGGAUCUCCAGGACAUGUUCCGCCGAUUCGCCUUCGAUAGCAUUUGCAAAUUCUCAUUCGGGAUUGAUCCUGGAUGCUUGGAAUUGUCUUUGCCUAUAUCAGAAUUCGCCGUAGCCUUUGAUUUAGCAUCGAAAUUGUCGGCACAGAGAGCAUUGUCGCCGUCGCCGUUGAUCUGGAAGAUCAAGCGGUUUUUGAAUUUGGGUACAGAGAAGAAAUUGAAGGAGACCAUCAGAUUGGUGAAUCUAUUGGCCAAUGAGGUGAUCAGACAGAGAAGGAAGAUGGAGUUUGCGAACCAUCAGGACCUAUUAUCCCGAUUCAUGGGAUCGGUCAACGAUGAUACUUACCUGAGAGAUAUCGUCAUAAGCUUCCUUUUAGCUGGUCGCGACACGGUGGCAUCGGCGUUGACCAGCCUUUUCUGGUUAUUAACGAAGCACCCGGAGGUGGAGGAAGCGAUACGGAACGAGUCGGACCGGAUUAUGGGGUCGGACCAGGAGGAACAAGCCAGUUUCGAACAGAUGAGGGAGAUGCCUUACCUGCACGCGGCGGUUUAUGAGACCAUGAGGCUUUAUCCGCCGGUGCAGUUCGAUUCCAAGUUUGCCCAGGAGGAUGACGUGUUACCGGAUGGGACGGUGGUGAGGAAGGGGACAAGGGUGACGUAUCACCCUUACGCUAUGGGGAGGAUGGAGAAGGUAUGGGGAUUAGACUGUUUGGAAUUUAAGCCGGAGAGAUGGCUCAAGAACGGAGUGUUUACACCUGAAAGCCCCUUCAAGUACCCGGUUUUUCAGGGUGGGCUUAGGGUGUGUUUGGGUAAAGAGAUGGCGUUGAUGGAGGUGAAGAGCGUGGCCCUGGCCCUGGUUCGACGGUUCCAACUGAAAGUGGCGGAGCCCAGUUUGUCACCGAGGUUCUCUCCGGGGCUCACCGCUACGGUGAGUGGUGGGCUCCCCGUUGUGAUUAGAGAGAGGAAGAGCAGUGGCUAAGCUGAUUGGUUUACGAACUAUGAACAGACCAGCUCCGAGAGUCCGGCGAAGCUCCUACGCUACCAGUUCAUGCAAGGGAGAAAUGUGGUGUAUAUUAGCAGGGGCUGAAGCAGAGGCUAACGUGCGCUCUCCCACCUUGUGUACUACAGUACUACCCGUUUUUUAAAGACCGAAAAACCCAUGGAACUGUGGGUGACAAGAAUGGCGCAGAUCACGAGUGAAGGGAAGGAUCUGUCACGGAUGGGCUCGUGAUGGUUCAGAAACGUGCAAUCGCCUCAAACGCAAAAUGGCGAGUGUGUCUCUGAAUCACCGCAGUCACAGUCACAGUCAUAGAGGGUAUUUAUGGGAUGGGAAACCUAAUUGUAUGGGUUAAAAUUUCAGGAAGUUCUCUUCAUAUAUCAAAUUUUAUAUCCCAAUUAAAGUUUGUGCAAAAUAUAUCUUUCAAAA